CGUUUUAGUGUUGAGCCACAUAAUGGGAGAUCAUCAGGCUCGAGCCGAGAACCUUCUAGCAGAAGCAGAGAAGAAGCUGACCUCAGGAGGCGGCUUCUUCAGCAAGAUGAUGGGUGGGGGACAGCGUAACACUGAGGAUGCUAUUGAUAUCUACGUACAAGCGGCCAAUAAUUUCAAGAUAGCUAAGUUGUGGUGUGAGGCUGGGAACGCGUUCAAGAAGGCUGCCUCGUUGAACAGCAGUAUUUCAAAGCACGAGUCUGCCAGUCAGUAUGUGGAGGCUGCCACUGCGUUCAAGAAGAACAACAAGGAAGAAGCGGUAAAGUGCUUGUUGGAAGCAGUCCAAGUUUAUGAGGAGCUAGGAAGAUUCAGCAUCGCUGCAAAGCACUACGCUUCCCUCGGUGAACUGUACGAAAGUGACGAGAUACUUAACAUAGAGUUAGCUGUUUCUAACUUCGAGAAGGCUGCAGACUACUACGACAGCGAAGACAGCACCAGCAACGCUAACAAGUUCAAACUGAAAGUUGCGCACUAUUCAGCGCUGACUGACACACCUGUGGGGUACGAGAAAGCUGUAGCGAUAUACGAGGAGGUAGCAGCGCGCAGCAUUGAUAACAACCUCCUCAAGUGGUCUGCUAAGGAGUACUACUUCAAGUCUGUGUUGUGCACGAUGUGCCUGCGCGGCGACAGUGGCCAGCUCAUCCCGCGCUACGAGGAAGAAUUCCCGUCGUUCAUGAACACGCGGGAACAUCAGCUUGUUAACGGUCUACAGGAAGCGAUCAAUGAGUCAAAUGUGGACAGUUUUACAGUGUUAGUGCAGGAGUAUGACAACAUUAGUCCACUUGAUAAGUGGCUCACUUCAGUUCUCCUCAAAAUAAAGAAGUCUAUCAAUGAGGACCCGGAUCUGUGUUAGUUUUUGAAGCUAAAAUUGGAUCUAAUCAGAAACUACGGUAACUUUGGGAGACACUAGAACCGUUUUACGAUCUCUGCGAUGUGCUCCCUUGACGUUGCUAAGUUUGCUAUCAAUAUCAAAAGGAGACAAAUUGCUCACUGCAAGCAAAGAUUUUUCAGGUUUGUUUACUAAUAAUAAUUAGUUAUUCAAUAAACUAAAGUGGUAUGUUAAGUUUUAUUAAUGCUAUUUUUGCAUGUUUAGUUUGCACAACUUGAAACUGUUGAAUUUUAAAACUUUCGUCGCGCUGCACGUCAGGUAUUUUAAGAAUUCUUUUCACAAUCCUUUCAAUGUAAAAGUACAGAAUAUAAAGUUUAAAGCUCUAAAGUUUGAAAAUGCAACUUUCCGUGUCAAUAAAAGCAUGAAUAUAGAAAUCUGUAAAGUUUGCGAUGCUUUUUUUCUAUUAAUUUAGCUUUAAAACAUCUAUUUACCUCACAGCUAAAAUCUUAAAUUUUCCCCUAAAAAUACGGGUUUAGAGUUCUAGUGAGGCUAUAUGAUUUAAAGUUUAAUUUGGUUAUAAUUAUAAUUAUUGAUUUGUUUAGCGAUAAUUAUGUUUUAUGUACAAUUAAUUCAUGAAUUUGUGUCUAAAUUUAAUGUUAAAUGUUAACUUUCCUGGCUAUCUCAGAAA